UCUGCCCGCUCCCGACCGCAGCCGGCUCGGCCGCCAUCUUGCUGCCCCGCCCCCCGCGGCAGCCGAGCGCCAAAGUCAAAGCGCAAGAUGGCGGCGGAGAGUCUGUUCGGCCGGUUGGUGCCGGUGCAGGUGAAGUGCCAGGGCUGCGAGGACAGGAGGAUAAAUGUUCGAGUGAGGAUUGAGCUACAAUCAACAUCGAAUCCUGUUCAUAAAAAGGACUUAGUUGUCCAGUUGACUGAUGAAACUGACCCCUUUUUCCUUUAUAACCUUGUUAUAUCUGAGGAAGAUUUUCAAAGUUUAAAAUGCCAGCAGGGUCUUCUGGUAGAUUUCUCUGCUUUUCCGCAAAGAUUUAUAGAUCUACUUCAGCAGUGCAUUCAGGAACAAAACAAAGAUACCCCAAGGUUUUUGCUGCAAUUAGUUUCUUCAGCAUCUGUUUUAGAUCACACACCUGCUUUUUUAAAUGUAGUGGAGACAAACCCAUUUAAACAUUUGACACAUCUCUCACUAAAAUUCCUGCCAGGAAAUGAUGCAGAUAUAAAGAAGUUUUUAGCAAUCUGUUUGAAAUGUAUUAAGGAAGAAAAGUCAUUAUUGGAACAAAAGUUUAAAAAAACUGAAGAUGACCUUACCAGACAGCUGAGCUACACACAGCAGAGCUUGUCAGAAAAGAGCCGGGAAUUAGAUAAGCUGAGAAGUGAAUGGACGUCACAUACAACAACGCUAACAAAUAAGCACACUCAGGAAUUGACAAAUGAGAAGGAGAAAGCUCUCCAGGUGCAGACUCAGUACCAACAACAACAUGAACAACAGAAAAAGGAACUGGAAAGCUUGCAUCAGAAAAGUAUCCAACAGCUACAGAAUCGACUGUCAGAACUAGAGAUUGCCAACAAGGACCUAACAGAAAGGAGAUACAAAGGAGACUCCACAAUUAGAGAACUUAAAGCAAAACUCUCUGGGAUAGAUGAUGAGUGCCAGAGAGCAAAGCAAGAAGUGCUGUCGUUGCGUCGGGAGAAUGCUACUCUGGAUGCUGAAUGCCAUGAAAAAGAGAAACACAUUAAUCAGCUACAAACACGAGUUGCUGUUUUGGAACAAGAGAUCAAAGAUAAGGACCAGCUAAUUAUUAGGACAAAAGAAGUAUUAGAUGCAACACAAGAACAAAAGGUGAUACUGGAAGAAAAUACAGAGAAGAAACAAGUUCAUGUAGGAAAACUUGAAGCAACAAUAAAGUCAUUAUCGGCUGAACUUCUUAAGGCUAAUGAAAUUAUCAAGAAGUUACAAGGAGAUUUGAAAACGCUAAUGAGUAAAUUGAAAUUGAAAAAUACAGUAACAAUUCAGCAAGAAAAACUCUUGGCUGAAAAAGAAGAGAAACUACAGAAAGAGCAAAGGGAACUUCAGGAGACUGGACAAUCUCUUCGAGUAAAAGAGCAAGAGGUAUGCAAGUUGCAAGAACAGUUAGAAACUACAGUACAAAAACUGGAAGAAAGCAAGCAACUGCUAAAAACCAAUGAAAAUGUAAUCACAUGGUUAAAUAAGCAACUGAAUGAAAUUCAGAUGGCAAGAAAGCAAGAGAUAUUGGGAACGUCUACCAUUCCACUUAUACAUUCAAGCAAUGGCACUAUUAAAACUGGCACUUCACCUCACAAUAUGCUUGACAACAGACUCCGUUUUACUAGCUCAGGAAUCAGUUACCCCAUCUCUCCAGUAUGUGCUUUCCAAAACUUUCCAGAAACAGCACCUGUGAAAAGUGCCAACCAGCAGGUUUCAGGACCAAAGGUUCAGUUUAACGUGCAGCUUUCAAAAACUAAUAGAAGUUCAGACAUUCAGCCAGGAUUUCCUAUUGCAACUGGUCAUUCAACAAAUAAAGAAAAUGGUGAGAACUUGGGAUUGGAGUUGAAGUAUUUAAAGAAAAGAGAAGACAGCAUUCCUUUACGAGGUCUCAGCCAAAAUACAUUUAACUCCUCAGAGUAUCCGAAAUCCUCCACAUCAACAAAAACAUUAACUUCAUCAAAACCCGGAGUACAGUCUGCAGCUUCUGCUUACUUCCCUGGAUUGCAAACAACAUAAUCAUUAAAUGAAAUCUUUUAUUUUA